AUGGGAUUUCAACCAGAUUAUGAUAUAAAACCUUACCUUUCGUCAAGAAAAGUGUCUUAUCUAGUGUCACUAUCGGAAUUUACUGAGUUAACAUUUGUGUCACUCCUUGCUGAAUUUGACAUAACUUCUGUAGAAACAGAGCAAAG